GACAACCGCGAACGCGGGAGGGGGCGUCCCAGAGCCCGCCCCACCUGCACCCCAGGGCGCCGUGGGCGGGGGCGGGAGUGGACUCGGUAUAAGACAGCCGCCCGGCGCCGGGCUGGAGACGCCUGGCCUGGUCUCGCGCCCGGGUCGGAUCUGACCUCCCCGAGCUGAGAAGGGGCUUCAUCUCCGCCCCAUCGGAAGAGAACCUCCCUGCCUGGCAGCCCCUGAGAGGCUCAGAGGGGUCACCAUGGCGACACCCUUGCUGAUCCUGCUGCUGACCUUCGCCCUGGGAUCUGCUGCACAGGACGGUGGCGACCAGCCCAGAGACCAGGGCAACAAGAGUGGGGACAAGAUUAUUGAUGGAGUCCCGUGUCCAAGAGGCUCCCAGCCCUGGCAAGUGGCCCUGCUCAAGGGCAGUCAGCUCCACUGCGGAGGUGUGCUGAUCAACGAGCAGUGGGUGCUCACCGCUGCCCACUGCAUGAUGAAUGGGUACAACGUGCACAUGGGCAGUGACCGGCUGGCGGGCGGCCAGAAGAUCAAGGCCACGCGGUCCUUCCGCCACCCGGGCUACUCCACGCAGACCCACGCCAACGACCUCAUGCUGGUGAAGCUAAACGGCCGGGCCAAGCUGUCAUCCAGUGUGAAGAAAGUCAACCUGCCUUCCCGCUGCGACCCCCCUGGGACCAUGUGCACCGUUUCCGGCUGGGGCACCACCACCAGUCCUGAUGUGACCUUUCCAGAGCAGCUUAUGUGCACAGACGUCAAGCUCAUCUCUCCCCAAGACUGCAAGAAGGUUUACAAGGACUUGCUGGGAGACUCCAUGCUCUGUGCUGGGAUCCCCAACUCCAGCACCAAUGCCUGCAACGGUGACUCAGGUGGACCACUGAUGUGCAAAGGUACCUUGCAAGGCCUGGUGUCCUGGGGAAGUUUCCCUUGCAGCCAAGCCAACAACCCAGGUGUCUAUACCCAAGUCUGCAAGUAUGUCGACUGGAUAAAACAGACCAUGAGAAGAUAUCGUUAAUCUCUCCACUCCCAUCUCUCCAUCCGUAGCCCUGGAACAGGAAAUUCACAGAAAUAAGGACCUCAGUGACCUACAGUCCUACUUGACUUUAUCUUUCCUCAGAGGCAUGUUAAAACCUCAUACAGUUUUUAUGGAAGGUGAUUUGGCAGUGUGAGUGGGGACAUUUGUUUUGUCCUCCACCUUUGACCUAGCGAUUCCUAGUUGCCUACUAAAAAAAAGAAAUCCAAAAUGUGGAGCAAAGUUUGAAUUUAUCACAAUGUUAUUUUUCAUAACAAAAUAGUGGAAACACGGAAGGUGUGUAGAAACAGUGGAUUGUUCAAACAGUAGGCUGGUUUGAGGCAAGGAUAUCCUGAAGCUGUUAAGGAUAGUAAUUAUGCAGAGUUCUUAGUAUCAUGUGAGGAUGUUUAUGCUAUGUGAUGUUAAAUGAAGGAAGGAAUAUAUAGAAAUACAUGUGUAUGUGGUUCUCACUAUGUAAAAUGAAAAUAUUCACAAAAUAAAACCUGAAAGGACGUGUACCAACCUG